UUAUAUUUUGUGAUUUCCGUGUUAGAUUUUUACUGUAUCAGUAUGUACAGGACAUUGUACUUCGUAAAUUACCGGGAAAUCUACAAUAUUGCAAACUAACUAUGUAAACAAUAUGUGAACACAGCUUUACCACACAUAUAUGUUCCAGUCAAUAUUCAAAACAAAUUUCGUGGGAUAACCUGCUAAUGCUGUAAUGAGUCAGAUGUUACAUGAUUGAUUUUAUUCAGACUUAAUUAUCUGUCUGCCUUUGCUGUGAUGUUCACAUCAGCUGUACCUAGAUAUAUUCUUCCUACCAUGACACAGUAUCAAAGGAAUGUAUAUGCCCCAACACAGAUGGCACAGAUGAAGACAAUUCCAAUUGGCAUUUUCACUACAAUUAGCUUAACAGAAGAUUCCCAGCUAGUUGGUAAUGCAAGCAACUGUUCUUAUGUAGACGAAAUUAUUUCUGCUUUCAAUGAUAUACUUUAUGGAUUAACAUUAUGUGCAGACAACUUAGAAGAAACAUCUGACAUCAUUCUACAGAUACUAAACAAUUGCUCUGAUGAGACGAUUUUGACAUAUUUUGUAGAAAGUUUGUUUGAAAAGUGCAUAAGUGAUACAAGUUUUCAAAAUACGGGAGCAAAACUUGUACAGUACCUUAUUUGUAAAUCAAAGACAACACAGGCUUUUGCCAACUUUAGAAAUCUUUUUCUUUUGAGAUGCAAGGAGGAAUAUUUAAAGAGCUCGGAAACAAUACUUCGACUCUGCCGGUUGGCGAUUUUCAUUGGAGAGUUGUUUUUUAAUCAAGGAGUAGCAGAUGGACAUAUUGUUCAAGGUAUACCUGUCUUAAUGUAUUUGAUAAAAAGUAUGCUGCUAGUUCUUCUUGAACAUUCAACAGAUGUUACUGUGUCAUGCGCUGUACAAAUAUUAAAGGAUGCAGACAUUUGUAGACCUGACAAAAAACUAUUCAGCGAGGUAUUCCUAUUUCUCCAAGAAUUACAGUCGUGCAAUCAUUUAAGCUCAAAAACAACGAAGUCGAUUGCAUGUUUGCUUGAUCCGCUGGGUCAAAGUGGUUUGUCAGAGCUACCACAAGUUUCUUCCAUAACGGAAAAUGAGUUGCCACUGACAGCUUCCAUGUUGGCUGAAUUCCCACAACAGGAACAAAAGCAGUUGUUGGGAGAGCGUCUAUUCCCUCUGAUCCAAAGUAUGUACCCUGUUCUUGCUGGAAAGAUAACUGGAAUGUUACUGGAAAUAGACAACUUUGCAUUGUUACACAUGUUGGAAUUGAAGGAGUCACUUGAGUCUAAGGUACAAGAAGCUGUCGGUGUACUGCAAGCUCAUCAAGCAACCGAAACUGCCACAACUGCCAUAGAGGGACAACCUAAUGGUAUGAUGAGUCAGAUGUUCCCAUCAGCCGGACCAGGGUAUAUCCUUCCUACCAUGACACAUGGACAGAUCAACUUCUUUGUCCCAACACAGGUACCACACAUGAGAGCAAGUCCAAGAUGGCCAAUACAGCUUAGGCAGCCUACACCAGCUAGUGGAUUCCAGAAUAUGCCUGGACAACAGGUCAGACUAGGCAAUCCUGCUGCCGCUGGAGCAAGACAACCUGGUCAAGGUAACAUCCGUGGUGGCAUGAAUGCUCGUCCCAUCACAGGACAGUCUGGCACUGGACAACCACCACGCAUGCCGCAGUCUUUACCAGGCAGAGGACAAGUGCCUCCCCCAGCGGUUGUAAUGAACCCAGCCAGCAGGUAUUCGGCUACACAGAUGAGAAACUCACCUCAAACUGGAAGACACCAAAACAUGGUUAUGCCUCAGCCUCCAGCCCGAGGAGGAGUAAUUCAAGUUCAAGGUCAGGGGCUUCUGACCUCUAUCAUGUUGGCUGAUGCCCCUCAACAGGAACAGAAGCAGAUGUUAGGAGAACGUCUGUUCCCUCUGAUCCAAUGUAUGUACCCAGACCUGGCUAAAAAGAUCACUGGAAUGUUACUGGAAAUAGACAACUCUGAAUUGUUACACAUAUUGGAAUCAAAAGAGUCACUAGAAGCUACGGUAAAUGAAGCCGUUGCUGUACUGCAAGCUCAUCAAGCCAAAAUAACUACACAUGCCACUGAAGCAGCAAACUAAAGAGGGUACAAAGGAAACCGCAAUA